AACAAUGCGAAUGUGUGAGGUGAAUAGAGUACACAUAUCGAGUACUGUAAUAAGGCAUACACUUGCACGCAAAGGCCGUGUACAUCGGGCUGCCUUAUUGAAAAAGUGUGUGUGUGAGAAUGGCUAUACUGAGAUUUGUACUGACUGAAAUACUCCGUUCGUUGUCUGUGUAUACAAUGUACGCACAAAAAUCCUCACUUCCUUAUUUUCCCCGUGUAGUACGUAGCUACGUACAUAGGUUCACAUAUAGUACAUGUAGCUGCGCAUUGCCUGGUAGCGAGUAGGCCUUAUCUAAAACCUUAUUUAGUUUCAUCGAAAUUAAUCUUUAAAAAUCGACUCAAUCUGAAAGAGAAAAAUUAUUCUUUUGUGAUUAACCUAUCGCUCUCCAAUUAAAUUCAUAAGGAACAUAUUAGACUCGAUCGUUAUGAGCUGGAGGCCAUCAGACAAUGAACACCUUAUUAUCAUUUCGCAGUCCGAGGUAGGUCUAUACUUGUAGUUUUAGUCAUUGCUAUGAUUUAACAGGCGUACAUCUGAGAGCGUACUUUGCAAUUCAAGAAUUGUUUCACCUGACGGGCCAAGUUGGGAGAUUGGCAGAGACCAACGAGCUGUCGUGGGAUAAUACGAUACAAGUUUACGAGAAACGAGUUGGUAAGAAGAAAAUUCUAAGGCGAGAUCGACAAAGUAAGCAACGAUGAAGAACAAAUCAUCGUCCAAGAACUCCAAAGAUCCUGCCUCAGCUCUUCCAGAGGCAUGGCAUCGGCAUUACACCGACCAGGAGAAGAGAAUCCUAGUCCAGCUCGUUCUCGACCGCAUUGACAUAAUCGAAAACAACUAUACUCGAGACCAGUUUACCCUAGAACUCAAGAAUGUAACUUGGAAAGACAUCGCUGACAGGUUCAACGCCGAUGUCCGAUGCAGCCACCAGCGUGACACCAAACAGAUUAAGAAACUAUGGGACAACAUCAAGACCAGGGCCAAAAGAAUGGUGACGGCUCACAGACUUCAAAAGACGAUGAGAGGGGAACUCCGGGCUGCUUCGUCUGCUGGAGGACCUGAUGAUAGGGACUUGGACAAUCUGGCAGAAGAUUCGAUUGCAGAGAAGGUUAUUUACUACAUGAAGAUGAUAGCAAAGCAGCAGAACCGAUCAAGCGAUUUCACCUAUGACCUUGAAGAUGAUGAGGAGGCGUCGGAAAUGAUUUAUGCAGAACAGGAUUACGAACCAAUGGAUAAAUCAGAAGACGAUGUUAUUCUUUGUGUCGAAGAGCCCCCACCGGCACAAAAACGGUAUGUCCUUGACCCUCGAACAACAGUAGCCGCACGAGAUCCACCAGUACAACACCCACCCUCCCGAGGCCCGCUUCCGGAAGCGCAACCUUCUGGGUACUUAGGUACGAGCAUCGGGAGCUACACGGAGCAAGAUAGGGAUUCUCUAACCAGUCUACCGUUCACGACAUCCACCCAGCAGCAGAUUGUUCAGUCAACCUUUUUAGCCGGUACCCAACAUUUUACCCCAACCGCCACCACUACUGCUUUAGGCGUAACUAGGGAAACUACUACUUCGACCACGCCCAGUCACGCUAGUUACAACGGCGGAUGGGUGGAGGAAAAUUCAGUGAAAAAUUUGGAAAGUGCUGUGACUGUUUCCCCCGCAAAGAGGGCGCCUCCUACAAGGGGUCGACGGACUAUCAAAGGGUUCCAGAAGCAGGAAUGUCAACUGAGAAUUCGAAAACUUCGACUUGAGAUGAAUUAUGCUCGUAUCGAACAUGAAGAGCGUUUGAAAGUCAUCCGAAAACAACGAGAAUUGCUUGAUUCUCUCAAAAAUGAUCCACCAAGCAUUAUUAGUUCAAUGUUUAAAUGAUGCGAGCUAGCUUCAGUAAGGUAAAGUUCUGAUAUUAUACCAUUCAGACAGAUUGAAGCAGGGUGACAUAGUACUGUCAUUACGUCACCGAUUAAUAUGCUCGCAAAUCAGUAUUCUUGAGAAACGUUGCAAUGAUUUAAGCCACCUCCACCACGAUAGUUUGGAGCUGUCUUUCAAACGUAAUUUGGAACAAAGAGAGCGCCAAUGGGAGAAAAGUGCACGAAAUUACAAUAUAAAUGGCGAGAAGUGACGUCUGUAACACUAAUUAGUGUAUUUGAGACUUACAAUGUCGUGUGACCUCCUUUUCUUUAAAGACAUUCACCCCCCAUACUUAAUACAUCAGACCCGACCCUGUCCUGUUGUAUUUAUCACAGGGUAAAAUAAUAUGAUCCCUUUUUUCUAAGGUCAAAGUUCAAAGUUUAUUUCUACAUUUCCAUAAAAAACCUUAUGAAUCAUCCAGUGUUUUAACAAAAUAAUAAAUCAUCUUGUAUGCUACAAUUUUACAUGAUUUUCUAUUCGAAUCAUUCUUGUGUAAUUUGAAUAUAGUAAUACCUUUGUAAAAUGUUAAACUAAAUAUAUAACAUUCUUGUGGAAUAUUGAUAUGAUUAAUUGAGGGCAGAAAUAAAAGAAAUCAAGCAAAGCUACCUUGACUUAUUCAAACAUACGAUUUAUUUCAUAAACUGAAGUACUAGAUUGAGCAUUAAAUACAAUCAAUAUAACUUUGUACAGAGUGGUAUCAUCCAGAAUAUCAUACAUAUUUAUAUUCAGAUUGAGAUUCAUAUUUAAUCAUAAUCCAGUGCUACAUGUACAUGGUAAUUUAUGUUGCUCGCAAACCAAGAGAAAAAAUGUAAAUUUUGCAAGAAUUAAUUUAAAAUAGGCCUACACUUCAUAUUUAAAAGUUGAUCACACUUCUUCGCAAACACAUCUACAAUCCACAACAACGUAGCUGGCAUACACACUACAUAUGAGGAUACAUCCAGUAAAAUCCAAGGUAUGACGUUGGCGAUAAAAAACGAAAUGUAUACCAACUAAGAAGUAUGAAACAAAGGCAAGAUUGUUUUGGUUCCCUUUUACCUCAAAGUAAAAUCUAAAGCAACUUUAAAUUCACACACUUGAAAAUACCCUUAUGGUACUGAGGUAGGCCUGUACGAUAUCCAAUAAUCCAUGUGUCAUAGCAGCUUGUGUUUUUCAACAUGUCCAUUAUGUCUUUUCCAUUCUAUAUGAUUCCAGUAUUUAAUAUCCACUUCACAAAGCUAUGAAACAUGAUAUACGCUUAAAAACCUCUCACUCAGAUUUUCACAAAGUUUAAUUUCUGAAAUCUCAGGGCAAUAAGUAUCAGCACAAGUUUUACAAAAUUUAUCCGAUUCUAUCGUAGCACAAUACCGUUACAUUAUUUUGAUUAAAUGACCAAUGUAUCAGAUAAUAAUUGUUUGUGUUGAAAACAGAUAAAAUUAGAAUCAUAAUAAGAAAGAAUAUCUUCAGAAACAGCUAUAAACCAUUCAUAAAAUACUGAACCUUAUUCCUCUCACUAUACACGUAUAGAGUCAACAUUCUUAUCACCAUUUCCUUUUAUUUAUUUCAUGUUUGUACUAUUUAUAUUGUUGUUUUUAUACUGAGAAAAAUAAAUUGAAUUAAAUUGAAUUAUGUCCUUAAUUUUCAUCGAAGAGGUACCAUCCCUUCAAACAUUAGAAGGAAAAAAAACCAUGAUCACAGAGUAAAAUUGUACAAUGAGGAUGUCAUAAAAGGAAUUGCACAACACUUAAAAAUUUGGAGAAUGAUGCGUGUUCUACUUGCAUUAGUCGACUUUCCACAAGUCGAAUUGUUUUAGACCAACAGCGCACGAGCAGUAAAAGGUCAUUUGAGAUAAACCAUGGAGAUGGCUUUCAAACUCACCGACAUUUUCAUAAUCAAUGGUAUUUGGCAGUAGCCCAUGAAACAAUAGUCAAAUGUGCCAAAAGCAGAAAUAAUACAUACAGAUUUCCAAACUUUACCCCCGGGACUUUACCCCUGAUGUACUAUGCACCUGGUCUAGUAUACAAUGCCUUUCGUUCUUAGAAUUUGAAUGCUUUGCCGGGAAAGCUUAAGCAACAUCUUCAUUUGAAAAUGUGUAAAGUGCUCGUCAUAAUGAAAAAUAUGGG